CAUUUCUGCUUGACAGCCAUUAUGAUUAUCAACAUGGCGUAAUCUUAUUAUGUUAUCAAUAUUGCGUUUAUUCGUUGCUAUUUCCGUCGAAAAUAGUAGCUGCAGGUUAUAAUUAUGAAGAUAAUCAUUAAAAUUUCAUUUAUAAACAUCAACAGAAAGUGUUUGUCAAAUUGCAGAUCAGUCGAACGGUAACUUAGUCGAGAUUCUAAAAACUGGAGUGCCGCUACUAAUUUUUUUGUAUUAUACAACUGUACAAACAAAUAGCACGUACACGUGUAUCAACCACUUAAGAAUAAUAUGGAUAACAAAGCAUUAUUCCUUGGUGUGUUACUUUGUGCAUUCGUAUAUCAUUAAUUAACAUAAAAAGGUCAAGUUUGCCGUUGGGUUUGCAAAAUUGCACGAAGAUGGGUUCUUCGAGCCAGCAAGAUAGAUCUCUCGGUAGUGGAAUUUCAUUGCCACAAUGGAUGAAAGGAAAAAUGGAUAACAAAUUUGACUUUGAUGAAGCCGCAUUCAGUCCACCAUCUUAUGACGAUAGUUUUUUUUAUGUAAGAUAUCCGAGAUCACAAAAUACUCAACCACAAGAAGGUUUGAAGCACAUUGUAAAUGAGGUUUUGAACGAAAAUAUUGCAAGUUCCUCAAAUCAGAUAACGAAUGAAAAAUCUAUUUCUGAUUUGAAAGAAGUGAAGCAGAUUGAUUUUAGUAAACACCCUUUGCCGUGUCAACCAUUUAUACCUGUUGUAAAUAAUAAAACAGUUGGUGAUAUUAAAGCACAUAAAUCUUCAGCAAGUGGAAAUAUAAAACCUAAAUCACAGGGGACGGACGACGGUUUUCAUGGUGAACCAGCGCUUUGUGGCAAAUCGAUUGUUCACGUAGCUAAUCAAAUGAUGUCUGGUAAAUUCACCAAAAUAUUCACAUCGGAUUCACGUUCUCAGCAAAUGGAAAACACAACGAAAAGUGUCAGCAAGUCGUUGCCAGCAACACCUUUGACAUCACCGUCAGGAACUCCUGAUAGUUCGCCAAAAGCACGCAGAAAAGUUUAUGUGAACCGAUACUUUACGGGCCCGUUUGUACCAGAUAAAGAAAAAUAUCAGGGUAAUUGGCUUUUGUCAAGCAUAUUAGGUCAAUCCAGAGAAGUCAUUCCAGCAAAAAUAGAUGAGGAAGACGAGCUCUUUCCAGACAUGGAACCACCCAAACCACUACAUCGAAAAAAGUCGAUAUCUUCGCAAAAUCUUACAUAUAUAGGAAAGGAAGAAAAAUCGGCAGAUAAAUCUGUUUACGUAAACGUAUUCGAAGCUAAACCGUCUGAAUUAAGAGAGAUGAAUUUUUGGUCACCAACUUCUAUGUGAAGUUUUAGAUUUUGUUUAAUUUUAGCUACAUAAUAGUUGAUAAUCAUGCUUCUGCCAAAGCAUAUUUAGACCAUUUAGAUAAAUUUAAUUCCACGUUAAUAAAGCAUGUAGUUGUAAAUUUAGCUUGCGUCAUACUACUAAUAACUUGACAAUGUUUCGUAUGAGAUUGACAUGAUCAUAUAUUUUAAUUCUACAAGUUUAUAAUCUUUGGAAAGUAACGAUGAAAGUAUUUGUCUAUUCGAAACAACAGGAUUAUCUUAUCGUUGUAAUUAAAAAGUACUAUUGCAACAUUUUUUUUUAGCAAUUUUUUUCUGAACGUAAGAGAUAUACUUUCAAAUAAUUUUGCUAUAUAAUAUUCGUAUUACAUAAAUAUUGUAUUUGCAUAAUUGUGUUAUAUCAUGCUUUUACUCUCAAAGAUAUCUUGAGAGUUUAAAAUGCAAUAUUGUCUGUUAUUUAGCUUACUUUAACCCUCUGUUUGUACACUGACCCCCAAAAGGAAACAAGCAAAAUUUUUCACUUGUGUAGCCAUGAGUUGGGUGAUAAGUGGAGCUUAAAAAAUUUUAAAUAAAUGACCAAAAUAACAUUAAAAUUUAAAAUGUCAUUCAAGAGUAAUUAGGAAUUUUUCCAAAUUUUUUGUAAACAAAAUGUAUUUAACAUAAAAAAAGGGACAGGACAAAAGGGGGUCAGUGCACAGACUGUUAGUGAAAUUAAGUGUACACACAGAGGGUUAAUGGUAGCUUAUAUUAUAAUUAUUAAUUCUCUAUGUAUUACAUAUGAACAGUAGCAUAAGUGAAAUGCAUCAAAUGUAUUCUGCAAGAGAUGCAUUUAAAUAACAAUCUGAUGUACUGUAAAAUGUGAUAUAAUGAAACAAGAGGCGUGAAGUGUAAAAAUUAUAUGGUAUAACUCUACUUUAAAUUCCACUGUUAUAAAUUUGCACGAAAAAUAUCGUCGAUUAAAGACAAAUUUGUAUCGAAAGCACAGAUGAGUUAUAUACGAAUAUAUACACAACUUAUGUGAAAUGAUUUAUGUCAAUAAAAAUAUGGAGUAACAUUUUA